AUUGGAGAACUAGUGAAGAACAUUUUUAAUAUAAAGAACCACAGAUAAAUUCCGUAAGGAGAAGCAACACUCAAGAUAAGGAUGUGGCACUACUAAAUAGGACGUAAGCUGGCUUGAAGCAUAUACCUCCAAAAAGCCAUCUGAAAGAAAAUGUCUCAUUUAUCAUGCAUGUGCAAAUUCCCAAAUUCUGCAGGUAUUUUAUUUUCUCCUUUUGUAAAUUCCCUUGCAGAUGGCAAGGAUGUCAGACUCUAGGUAAACACUGUCAUGCCUCCAGCUUGGGCAAAUCCUCCUUGCUGCCUUUUGGACCUGUUUUGUGCAAGCCAUCCAUCUAGAGCUGCAGAGCAAAAACGACCAUGGAGCUCAAGAAGAGCCUCAUUGGCUGUACACAUUUCAAACCCAGAACAAAACAUCGGAGCCUUAGGCUCAUUGCACAGCUCUUCUGAAAACUGUGAUGAAGAGCUAGAGGUUAGAGGAAAAAUGUGCUGUUUUUAUCAGUGUAGCUCCAUCAUCUGUUCUGGGAGCACCAAGGCUUCCUGGAGAAAACAUUACUGGGACACCAAUUAUUCAGUGAGACGGAGAAGUGCCCCUCUGAAUGCUCUGAGUCAGAUGCUUAUUUUGUGAAUUUUUCUGUUUCCCUCUUCCUGUUAUGCUUCCUGCAGAUACUUGGCACAUCCUUGAGAUGAUUCAGCAGUGUGUGCUCAUGAGAUGCAGCCACAUCUAUGGAGUGUCUCCUCCCCAAGAAGAGAAAAAUAUUUGUUUUAGAGGAUAAAACCAGAAUAGCUGGGCUUGUACCUGGUAAACUAUUUGUCAGCCCUUAAUUUCUCUAUGCAUGCUCUCUCCUCAGAAAAAUCUGUGAAGGGAGCCUGACUCAGCUGCAGUGGCUUCCACUUAAGUCAGAGCAGAACACAGCCCUCCAUCAGCAAAGAAGCAGUCAGAGCCAGCUCAUCCCGGGAGAAGGCAGCUUGUUCAGCCCUCAUUCUCCUUGGGGUAGCAUCAGGACUAAAAGGAUACCUGGAACAGGAGCAGAACAUGUUGUAGUAAUACAUGGAGGCUGUGAGACUUCAUGGGAAUGACCUCUAUAUUUCAUGUUUGCAGAAAUCCCAGGAUGUAGAAAGCCAAAUUUUCUGCUCCAGCAAAUGACCUGAUACAACAGCAGGAAGGAAUUUGAUAAUCGCUUUCUCUCAAAAGGCAAAAUGUGAUAAAUGGCCAGGCAGAUAUCUUAGAAUUGUGGACAGGUUAUGAAAUUGCCACCUCCAUCUCAGGAGGCAGAGGAAGGCCUUCCCACAUUAUAGUUUGGCUAAGAUUUGAAAAUGCAAUUUGCUGGUCUCCCUGUUCCUUGUUUUUAUACAGUGUACUUCAUAUUUUAUACAACAUACAAGGGGGAAAAGUUUUUACACAAUCUACUCCAAGUAAGUAUGUUGGAAAGUCAUAUUAUUCAUAAAGAAUGAAACAAAAAAGGCAGGCAGCAGCUGGAAGGCUUAAAAUUCACCUUUCCCAAUAUACUCAAGGGACGCCUGCAGCACCUGUGAAGCCUUGAUGCCUUCUAUUUUUUUCUCUGAUCACAUAGAUUUACAUUGUAUUUACACUGCAGGUGCAUCAUCCUCAUGAGGUACUCUGCACAGGCAGUGCAAGAACUAAGAUCUCCACUGGGAAGAUGAAAUGGUAUCUAAAGCAUAGAAUAAUUCAUUUGUUAGUGACCUUCAGAGAUCACUUAGUCCAACUGCCUGACAGCUUCAAGGCUAACCAAAACUUAAAACAUUAAUGAGGGCAUAAUCCAAAUGGCCCUUGAACACUGACAGAUGCGAGACAUCAAUCACCUCUGUAGGAAGCCUGUUCAAGUGCUUUGGAUCCCAUUGACAUUCUGGGCAGUAAGGCCACGCUGCUGGCUCAUGGCUAAUAUAUUGCCCACCAAGACAUGCAGGUCCUUCUCUGCAAAGCUCCUCUCCAGGAGCUUGGUGCAGAAAAGCUGGGGGAAUGGAGUGGGCAGCAGUGCUGGGGAAAGCUCAGUGCUGGGACUGGAGUGCUGCUGGCACACGUGCAGCAGGUGAGGCCGGCACAUGGUGAUGACCAAGCAAUGGAAGGCGUCAUCGCUGUGGGACGGGUGGUGAUGUGCCCCAGUGAAGGUGAGGCCUGGCAACACGGCCAAGCCCUGGUUUGUGACAUCUCCGUGCGAUGGAUUGUGACUGCUUGGCCCACGCUGCUCCAAUUCGGGCGCAGCAGCCCAGCCCAGCAGUUCGUGCCUGGCCUCCAACCGAGCGAGUGUGCGAGGACUGGAGUGUGGACAGGGCGAAAUUUGGAGCUGAAACGUGCUCUGGGUGCUGCUUGCGCAGCUCUCAGGUGCCGUCUCAGAGCCGCUUGUGUUGUACCCCGACCCUGCUGGUUGGCAGCAGGCAGCCGGGACAUCAAGGAGAGGAGCGUGCAGCAGAGCAGUUCGUAACACCUUCUGCCUGCUGCAGCACCUGUGAGGGGAGCAGCUUCCCGACCUCAGCUCUCCCCAGCCCACCGCACAGCCCAGGGCCAUGGACGUGCCAUCCAACUGGACCUGCCCCAUCUGCGGGCAAAUCCGGGAGGAUGUCACCUACGUGACCCCCUGCCAGCACCAGCUGUGCUACGGCUGUGCCAUCUGGUGGGCAAACAAGAAGCCGAGUUGUGCCGUAUGCGGGCACAAAAUUACCACCAUUCGGUACUCGGUGAGGUCGGAUGAGGAUUACCUCGAGUGUGCUGUCCCGCAGCCCGCAGCACACUCAGAUCACGACCUGCAGGACGAGCAGGGGCCUGCAGAGCCGGUGCUCAUCCCACCUGAGCACAAUUUCCCAGCCGAGGUCUGGGCUGCCUUUUUCCAAGACCAUCCGGAAGACCUCGGACCCCUGCUCCAGUGGCUGCAGGAGGAGAUCCAGCAGGUGUCCAGCAAUGACUGGUGGGAAGUCUACGUGGGACAGUGCACCACCAUGAACUUCCUGUGUGAGCACGGGCUGGACCAGGAGGCCUUGGUGCAGGCGCUGCAGAUGAGCACCAGCGGCGACGUGCUGUCCUUUGUUAGGAGGCUCAUCAGCACCGCUGCAGCCCUGUACGGUCCCACGAUCCGCCACCAGCUUGACCACCAGGACACCCAUGCUGCUGGAGGGAGGGAGGACAGUCCUGCAGCCAGCUCCAUCAACAGCACCUCCCAUCAGGAGCCUCCCGCCUUGGGCCCAGCCCGCUCCACCAGCCCUGCAGGGCCCAGCACGGAGCCAGGGCAGGCGGCAGCAGCGGGCCCCUCUUCCCAGGGCAGAGACCGCUCAUGUGGGGGGCCCCGGCGCCCCCCGAAGAGGAAGGCCCGCAGCAGCCCCCAGGACUCUGCGCCGCCCUGCAAGAGGCGACCCCGGCGGCGGCGCUAGGCCAGAACCGCACUGCCGUCACAGCACGGCUCCGGCGGGCUGGGAGCCCAACAUCUACCUCUCAGCCUGCUGCUUAUAACACCUAAUAAAUAUCAUUUUAAAAAAUGUUAAAAAAUACAAAGUCUUUGUGUUCUUGACAAGACUGCUGGCAUUGCUGUUCCUACCCAUCCUACCCAUGCUGCU